UCAAGAGUACCCAGAUGCAGCGCCAAGAUGGCGGACCCAAAGAUAAAAAAACACAUUUACAAAACGCAAUAAGUUUCCGCAUUACCUCCGAUUGGCGGACCCAAAACAUGAACUUUGAACUUCUGCUUUGCGAUGCCAGAACAGUAGGUGGCGGUAUGUACCUACACUUUCUGACGGCAAAAUUUACAGAAGAAGAAGAACUCUCAGGAAGUUUGAAAAGAAGCAAGCCGUCCGCAUUCAUUCAAUCUCACCUCCGACCACUCAAACUAACCCUAACCCUGCAUUCCAUUGUUUCCAUCAUGGGAAAUCUAAGUGACGCUCUCAAAUUAACAGGAACAUUGCGCAGAAGAUAUGUCCUGGGCAAUGGACUGAGAAAACGGGCAGAGAUUUGGAGGUAUUUGUGCAUGCUCUAUAUUACAGUUGAAAAGUGUAUAACAGCUUUCCAAUGCUGUUACUUGUGGCGAACACCUUUUUGCUUGAGUUGAUGCGUGCCCGCAGGUGGAAUAAUGUCACAUGUCACACACAUUUUCUGUUGUUUUGAUUUAUUUACUCAUUCAUCAUUUUAUGUGCGCACCUCUCCUAAUCAACCCACCCAUUAAAUAGACGGGCACAAUAGCACCAUCUGCUGGCACAAAAAAUACAUAACAAUAAACUGCAAAACCCCAAUCUGGCUCCUACAAAGUGUAUGUGACAAGAUGAUUAACGUUUGCUUUUGUUAAAUCAGGGCUUCCCCAGCCAGGACUUCGGCUCAGACUGUGGCAUAUUCAUGUUGAUGGUAGGUCAUAACGAGCUGUAAUGCACAAAUAUUGUAUCUAGAAUAACUUUCCAACGUGGACUUUUUUAAAGUUAUCUCACAUGUUGUCUCAUAAUUUUUUUUUAAAGUCUGCCAUGUACAUCGUUAUGGAGUCACAGUUUGACUACUCAGUUGUAAGUACUUUUCAACACGCAGUGUCAUCCUCAAGAUUGUAUUUUGUAUUGUGCACUAAAAUGAAAUACAAACAACAAUUUCAGCAUGACAUGCCUGUUUGGCGGCGAUGGUGGUGCCUGUUGCUCCUGGAGAACAAUUCUUUGAACAGGUAGACAGUUUAAGUAAACUAGAUGUCCUAAUUAACUGGAAGACAAUCAAUAUAUUGUACUUAAAGACAUAUUGUCAUUACAGUUGUGGGAAAAUCUUCGCCCACUGGACCAAAGAAUGUCAAGAGCUCAUUGCUGGAAAGCAUACUCCGGUCUUCAGUCUAAAGAGGAAGGCAGAGCAGCAGGACACAGAGGUUAGGAAAUUGCCUUGUAAAAACAGUAUUAUCUCAGUGGGAGUCCUUCAAAAUGCACACAGUUGUAUGGAUCAACAUUGUCUCGAUGUAUUUGGUAAUUGAUGUUACUUUUCAAAUUGCCUUGUCAAGGAAACCAUGAAGCAGACGGUAUCGGAUGUCCAAAGAAUGUGCAUGGCAGAUUCAAUGCAAUUCUGUGUCUACCAGACAUCGAACAACACAGGAGAGAGGUGUGUUGCAGACUCAAUUUAAUAAAUGCAAUUAUCGGGGCCUAUUCAGUGAUUUUCCAUGAAGUGACCACUUUUACAUAUAGUUUAAAUGCACGAAUCAUGCAGGAAAAUUAUUUAUACAUUCAAAUGUGCUGCAGAGGUAUAAUCAAUUGGACAGCGUGUUUGUUUGAUAUUAUGUUUGUCUCUCAUUUGAUCAGAUUGCUUUACCCUGAGGUAAACGUCAUAAAAUGGGUCCAGUGCAAGACGUGCAGGGGCUGGCUGCAUCUGGAUUGUGCUGGGAUUGAAAUGGAGCCGUUUGACUGCGGGUGCGAGGACUCCAUUGAGCAUCCUCGGUAUAACAUAAUUUAUCAAGGAAACAUAGUAUCAGUCAAAAAUACGAGGCUCAAAGGAUGAAAAAAUGAGGGCUUGCUCUUUUCUUAUUUCUCUGCAGGAUCAAGGAUGCUGUUGACAGUUGAGGAAUUCAUGCUGUCUUUUCUAAGACACAGAUCAAGGUUGCUUUUGAAUGCACUAUCAGUUGUUAAAGCCACCGUUUCUUUUUCAGAUGAUUACAUUUUUGUCUCUUGCUCUUUGGUUUCAGACAUUACACGAUGAUCUACUGUCUGGAAAGAUCCGCUCCAACAGAAUGUUCCUUUGGAGGAAUCCCGCCACCUCACUCCGACUAAAGCAGCAUCUUAAGAUAAGGACACUAAGUUGGAGUGAGCAGCGC